UGGAGGCGUUUGCGAAUUCGAAUAAAAAAUAAUGUGCAAUAGUGUGAGAAUUGGUUUUGUUUUUUUAUCGGCCACAAUAACUGGGCCAUUAAUCUUGAUGCGUAAUCGAAUUUCUGCGAUGCUGAUGAGGUGAUUCCGAUAAAAUGGUCGUGCUGCAUUCAUUUCUAGGGGUAUAUUCGUUAAGAACAGGAUCCACCGUUAGUUUAGUUUUGAGUUUGGUUUCCUUGGUGAUAUUUCUAAUUCUUGGCUUAUCUAAUGAGAAAAGUCGCGAAACUAUUCUCGAAUUUAGUACAAUUAUACUCUACAUAAUGUGGUUAAUUUUCACGAUGAUGGGAUUUAUCGGUGUUUACGUGGAAAGAUCCACUUUUUUAAUACCUGAAUUAUCGCGAAGGGUACUUUUCAUCGUCUUAGACAUUAUGGGAGCGAUUGCGACUUAUUUUCGUAACGAAAUCGACAUUAAUAAAGUAUCAGUGCCCGAAAUUGGUGUACAAUGGUAUACUGUAGCCAGUGCCGAUGAUACGUUGUAUAUUGUAUUGCUCGUUUUGUUUCUUUUAACCAUUCCUAUCAAGUUGUAUCUUUUCGUUGUAAUGUUGAGUUAUUACAUACAUAUAAAAGAAGACGAUACGUAUCACGAAGCCACUCCUCGUCCUCGUUCUCGUUCUCGUACAACUACUGUAGCCGAUGAAUGAAAAAUCAAUGUCGAAAAUAUCUACCAAAGUUGAGGUUUUGAGUUACUCGUAUGUGGAAUUUGUUACAAUACUUUAUCUGUAAUU